AUGUCCAUGAUCACGGCCUCCUUAUGGGUGCCGAGGGGAGCGGCGGCGGUAUUUCCCGAAAAAUAUGAUAUCGAUGAAGACGAGCUUGCAAGAAUCUCGAAGCUCGCAAAGCUACAACUUGAGGAUGCCAAAGAGGACCUGAGCGAUGCGAAGAAAGAACGCCUAGGCGAAACGGAGACAGAGGAUUCAGAUGCGGAAGAAAGUGGUGUGAACUUGGAGCAAUCGCACGCAGACGCAGAUGAUGAUCUCAAAGAAUACGACCUUGAACAUUACGACAGCGAUACCGAGGUCAGAGAUGGCGAGACAAUGGCGAUGUUUGGAAACGCGAGGUCACUGGCGUAUCAUGAAUCUAACGCAGAUGAUCCAUACAUGACAAUGCAAGAGAACGACGACGAGGACGAGGAAAGAGAAGAUUUGCAGAUCUUGGCUACAGACAAUAUGAUGGUCGCUGCCAAAGUGGAGGAUGAAGUUGCCCAUUUGGAAGUCUAUGUGUACGAAGAUGGGGCUGAUAACCUCUACGUCCACCACGACAUUAUGCUCCCAGCAAUACCUCUUUGUAUCGAAUGGCUAGAUCUACCUGUCGGAAAGAAUCCUAAUACCGUUGACCCAGAUUCAAGGGGCAACUACGUUGCUGUUGGAACCUUCGACCCUGAUAUUGAGAUCUGGGACUUAGAUACAAUUGAUUGCAUGUACCCUAAUGCCAUUCUAGGUCAAGGUGGACAGGAAGCAAAGGCGGAUCCUAGUCAAGAGUUGAAAAAAAAGAAAAAACGAAAGAAGUCCAAGAAAGCCAACGACGACUACCAUGUUGAUGCAAUUCUCUCACUGGCAGCAAACAGACAACAUCGUAACCUCUUAGCCUCAUCUUCUGCAGACAAAACUGUCAAACUGUGGGACCUAAACACCACCAAAUGCGCCAAAUCAUACUCACAUCAUGCAGACAAAAUUUGCUCGAUAGCUUGGCAUCCCAAAGAAUCCACCGUGCUCUUGAGUGGCAGUUAUGACAGGACCAUUGUAGCGGCGGAUAUGCGAGCCCCAGAUGCAAAGGUACCGAGAUGGAGAGUGGAAAGCGACGUUGAGACAGUGAUGUGGGAUCCGCACGAUUCGAAUUACUUCUACGUCACCACAGAGAACGGAAUUAUUCACAUCUACGAUACUCGAAACGCUCCUUCGACGCCUGAAGUCUCUAAAGCGGUCUGGCAAUUGCAGGCUCACGAUGAGAGCAUCUCGUCAUUCGAUGUCAAUCCUGUUAUCCCCGGCUUCCUCGCAACAGGGUCGACAGAUAAGACGGUCAAAUUAUGGAAUGUGCAGCCAAAUGGACCUAGCAUGGUGGUGUCGCGCAACGUCGACGUAGGGAGAGUCUUUUCUACCAAGUUUGCACCUGAUCCUGAGGUGGCCUUUAGACUGGCCAUCGCAGGCAGUAAGGGCGCGAUGCAAGUCUGGGAUACCUCUACCAAUGCAGCGGUCCGUCACGCCUUCGCCAGUCGCAUGGUUCCAACCAGUGGCGAUGCUAAGGAGGAGAGAAUUGUAGGUGUUGAUGAAGACAGCAGCGAUUCUGAAGACGAAGGAGGAGUCGAGCCUGGGGGUGCUGAUGCCAUGCCGGAGAAUGGGUGGGAGUCAAUGGAUGACGAUUUACCAUGA